AUUCAUAAAAACCUAUUAACCAUCACGUUAAACAUCAACCAAGUCCCCUUAAAUCACUUAAAAAUCCUCAGAAGUAUCAUCAUCAUCAUACUUACCCAAAAGAAAUCAUAUACCCUCGCAUUUUCCUGACUUUAAUAGCCCUCAUAUUCGUCCUUAUAGCAUUGUUACCUGAUACACUGACGAAGUUAAGUGCUUAAAACUUUUUACUUUUCCUUUUGCUACUACUUGUAUAUUGCAUUUAAACUAAGGCCCUCGGUAAAUUUAAGUAAGGCACAGCACGCUACGUUCAAUUCCUAUUCCAAUUUGACAGUUCGCUAAGACUCUCGCUAACUCAUGCUAUAAAUACUCAUCAGCUUAGACCUUUUCUUUCAUUCGCUAAAUUUGUUAAAAUAAUCUCAUCAUGUCACGAAGAAACUCGUUGACAUCUAUUUCAACUGCUAACACCACAUUAACCAGCUCAGGUUCAACUACUUCCACAGCUCGUGACUUAUCUACUGAUAACUUAUUAGGACUCGACGAUAGAUUCCGGAAAAAGCAUAUUAAACGAGUACCCAACGGUAUAAAGUCUCCCUCCAUGACUUCUGGUUCAACUUUUUCUACUCCAACUUCAUCACUGGCUUCAACUCCAACAUCAACUGCCUCUCCAACCACCGCCUACUACUUCCCCAACGGAGAGAUCUUCCGUCCUAGAACAGUACCUGCAAAGAGAAACAGACCUCAUAAGAUUCAUCACCAGCACCAGCAUCAUACACAGCCUGCUCAUAACCAGCACUACCACCAACAACAACAACAACCACAUCAUUACCAUCAUCAACAUCAACAACAGCAACAACAACUUCAUCAACAGCAACAGCAACAACAACAGUACUAUCAACAAGCACAGGCUCAGCAUUAUAAUUCAGUUCCUUACCAUCUGCAACAAUAUCCGGUCCAACUCCAACCGGCUAUGACUGUGCCCAUGACCAUGCAGGGUUCUGGUUCACGUUCCAACUCCCUAGUGUCAGGUGCUCCCACAGUAUUUCAGCAUUUACCUCCUCAUCUUCAGGCUCAAGUCCAGCAUUUACAACAACCUUCACCUCCGUCCCUUUCGUCAUCGUCUAAUUCUUCAUUAACUACCGAGUCUAUCAAUAAUAUAAACUCCCUAGCAUCACUAAAUAAUUCUUCAGCCACCACCGUAACUUCUACUUCUUCCUCAUGCCCUAAUUUACCGAAAAAGGCACAAUUUAAUCAACAUUUACGUUUACCACAAUCACCUCCAGAUUCUAAAUAUAGUCGAUCAGGUUCGAUUACUUCCAUAACUUCAUCCCAGAGACAACAAUCACCAAUAAUACCGGCUCCUCAACAACAUACUCUGCCAGCCUCUUAUCCUAACUUGACUCAUCUUCAACCUUAUCAUUCUUAUAAUGGAGUUCAAUCACCUCAACGUUCACAAUUACAAUCCAACAAUCUUAUUAGAACUUCUCCUCCCAUCUCCACCAGCUCUGUAUCGUCCCGUUCGAGUACCUCCAUUAAGAAUUCUCUGGCAGAAAACAUCGGUCCCAGCACUUCGACUUCAUCGAUCUCAGCUCCACUUCCCCCUCCACCAACUCAGACUGCUCAAGCUCCACAGGCUCCGCAAGUACUCAUACUUCCAGCCCAGAAACUUCUACUGAAUUCCGAUUCCAAUUGUUCAUCAUCAUCUCAUAGUUAUAACUCAUCCACCAGUAGUAGUUCUACUAUGAAUAAUGAAUCUACUCAUGAUGAAGAAGAUGUUAAUGAUGGUCAUGAUCAUGGCAUGAGAUCCGGUGCUAAUCCUCGGAGCUCAACCAAUACUCCUACUACAUCUAUCAGUAAUGAUGAAAAGGGUACUGAUUCAGAUAUAGAAGUAGAAGAAGAAGAAUUACAACCUCAACCACAACCACAACCACAAGAACAAGAAGUAGAAUUAUAUCGACCGGAACUAACCCGAGGUGAAUCGUCAGAACAGUCGGAUGCUACCGAGAAGUUACCGGAAGAAGAAGAAGAAGAAGAGCCCGACAAGGAUACGGAACUGAGCUUAGAACCUAUAAGUUCUAGUACCAGCACUAGUACCAGCACUAGUACUAGUACGAAUUCUAGCACUGAAGCCGAUGAUGCAUUUAAGACACCUCGGAACUCGAUAGUGAUCUCUACCGAUAAUAAGCUCAAUGUCCGGAAACUCGACUUUGAAGCUUCAUCCACCGAGUCCAAAUGGGAUGAUCCUCAGGGCUCUAGUAACAUGACCAACGAGACCCUUAAAGAUGAAGAUGAAGUUGAAGAAGAAGUUGUUGUAGUUCCGGUUCCAGAAUCGGGCAAGAGUUGCAGUUCCGAGCCGUAUGAUAUCAUUGAUGAUUAUACUUCCUUACAUGAAGAAGAAGAAGAUACGGUUGAAAAGACCGGAAAUGCAAAGGAAACGGAAAUGCAAAAGGAAAAGGAUUUGACGGAAUUGGCUAGUCCAGCUCAUAUUGAAAUGGCUAAUACUGAAACUGUAUUUGAACAAGCUAGCAUGACAUCCGAGGAUGAUUCAUACUCGUUUGAAGGACCGGAAAGACUCACCGUCAAGCCCGUAACUGAAGCCAUCAUGCAUAUGCGAACCGAUAGUGGAUUGGAUAUGCCAUCCCCAUCAGAAUCGAUUGUCAAUGAACAAGUUGAUCCUAUAGAUAAGGUGCUUGAAUUGCCGGAAUUGCCCUCUAUUCCGGAACGUAAGGAGUCGCUUCUUCCACCUCCAGCACCAGUAACUGUACCUAUAACAGCUCCGGUAGUUGCUCCGGUGGCUGUUCCAGUUCCUGAACAACCAGAACCAGAGCCAGUAUCCAAACCAGAAUCCAAACCGGAAGAAAAACCAAAACCAAAACCGAAAUCUAUGCUUGAUGUGUUAGACGAUGAGGUCGUAAUUGGAUCUAAACCAAAACCGGUACUGAAACCACUACCAAAACCACAACUGAAACCAAAACAAACUUUUACAUCAUCAGCUACUCCUCCUAUGCCAGUUCCAAAGGAUAGUCCGAGCCGAGGACUUAAGUCGAAAGCCAAAUCCUUCUCGCAAUUGAAACCGGAAACUUCCAACUCCAGUACUAAUGCCAACUCCUGGAAGAAGAUGUUGGCUCCACCCAAAAGAUCCGAGUUCCGUACGGGUUUGGGUCAUCAUCAAUCUAAUUCCAGUCAGAAUUCAUUGAUUUCUAAUACUACUGCAUCUUCAAUUGCUACUUCUGCUAGUCAAGCCGGUCAAAAGGCUAGUCAAAAGGCUAGUCAAGCAGCUACUGCUGCUAGUACUGCAGCCACUGCUGCAGCUAGUCGAUUCAAGAAAUCAUUUUCUAUGGCUAAUUUGAAGAAAGUUAAACAAGGAAUGUCAAGAAAUGUACCAGUACAAGUUCAAGAACCUCCUACACCUCCUCCACCAGUUCCUGAAAAACCAUUACCGGUUUAUGACUUAACAUUACCAAGUAUUGAACCGGAUUCUAAAGAUAUGUUUGGAGAACUUAUGUUAAGCUUUGAUGAACAAUUAGAUAAAGUAGAAGAUAUUGUAUUAAAGGAACCUUUGGUAAAACCGGUAUUCCCUGGCCAAAGACCGAAUGAAUCUCGAAUUAAUGAACCAUUUCUUAAAGAUGAUGAAUUGACUUCUGCUCAAAUUAAAGAUGCUCAAAUUAAAGAUAAUCUUAAGAAUAGUAAUGGUGAUAGUACUGAAUCUGUUGAUCGAACUUCAGUUGUGGCCGGUGAUGAUAUUUAUAUCGAUGAUAAUAUCCGGUUUUUACAGUCGGAAUUCAACUGGUCAAACAUUGAAGAUGCUCAUCAUCGAAAGAGUAUUUCACCGGCUUUAUUAGAUGAAGGUAGUGAAGAUGAAUUUGGUAGUGAACCAGCUUCACCUUUAAGUAUUAGUACUAAUAAUACUCCCACAAAGGAAAAGAUUGUCAUAAAUAAAGAACAACUUUAUACUAUUUUCCAUAAUCUAACUGACUUUCAGAAACGUAACUUACCUCCACAUUUGAAAUAUAUCAAACAGUUCAAGGACUUUAAGUUUGUAGAAAUCAAUUUAUCACAAUUUGAAGAGUUAUCAUCGACACCAGCAUUAACAUCUGGCUAUUCAAAUGGAUCAGGAAGUGUUAGUCUUAGUCCUAUUUUAAAAAGAAGAACGAGUCUACAACCAUUCCCAUUAGAAGAAACUUCCAAUAAGAAAAAGGUAUUAUUCUCUCAUAAGAUUGAGAUUAAUGAAACAUUUGCUGCUGAUUCCUAUAAACGUUAUAAUAAAGCCGUAACUCAGUAUACACUUACUGAACCAGCUGAAAUCUCCAAGAUUAAAAAUGAGCUUAAUUACUACAAAUGUAAUGAAAUGCUUGUUCAUGAAAAGUCUCAGAACAAUACCCACUUCUUCUACAUAUGACGCAUAUAACGAACACAUACAUAAUUAUAUAUUUAUUCUAGAUAUAUAUCACAUACAUUAUUUAUACAUACAUAUAUAUAAAAUAUAUUAUACUUAUUUAUUUAUAUAUUACUUUAAAAUUAUUUAUUUUUAAC